AUGAGGAUUUUGUGCGAUGCGUGUGAAAGCUCCGCCGCUAUUGUCUUCUGCGCCGCCGACGAAGCUGCACUCUGCUGCUCCUGCGACGAAAAAGUUCAUAUGUGCAACAAGCUGGCUAGUAGACAUGUACGUGUAGGCUUGGCUGAUCCUACCAAUGCACCAAGCUGUGACAUAUGCGAAAAUGCGCCCGCUUUCUUUUACUGUGAGAUAGAUGGUACUUCCCUUUGUCUACAAUGUGACAUGGUAGUACAUGUUGGCGGCAAGAGAACACACAAGCGGUUUCUACUGCUCAGACAGAGAAUUGAGUUUCCAGGCGAUAAGCCUAAUCACGCUGAUGAAUUGGGAUUACGGUGUAAGGAGGCAAACCGUCAAAAGGUUUCUUCAGCUAACGGUGAAGAAUCAAAUGGGAAUUGUGAUCAUAAUAUGAUUGAUCUCAACUCCAACCCUCAAAGAGGAUCAAAUCACCAAGAGCAGGGUAUCGAUGUAAAUAGCGCAAACCAUCACGAGCCUGCAGGCGUUGUACCCGUUGGACAGUUUAAAAGAGAGACUGAAAAGUGA